AUGGAGCACCAGGCGAAAACCGUGGCGCAGCUGAUGAAGGAGUCAGAAAUGAUCAUCUCCCAGCUGAACGAGCAGGAGAUCCUGGAGUUCAAGGACGCUUUUCUGCUGUUUGACAAGGACGGCGAUGGGACAAUUUCCAUCGAAGAACUUGGCCCGGCGAUGCGCGCCCUAGGCCAGAACCCGACCGAACAGCAAAUGGCCGAGAUCAUCUACGACGUCGACAUUGACGGCAACGGCCAGGUGGAAUUCCCCGAGUUUUGCGUGAUGAUGAAGAAAAUUAUGAAGGAAACCGACUCCGAAAUGAUCCGCGAGGCGUUCCGCGUCUUCGACAAGGACGGCAACGGGGUCAUCACGUCCAGCGAGUUCAAAUACUUCAUGAUCAACAUGGGGAUGAUGUUCAGCGAGGAAGAGGUGGAUGACAUCCUCAAGGACGUCGAUGGAAAUGGAAACGGCGAGAUCGACUACGAGGAGUUCGUGCAGAUGAUGGGCGAAUUC